AUGGAUGACAAUACAAUCACAAUUCUAUUCUUGGGGGAUGAGGGAUGCGGGAAGUCGACAUUUCUAUCGAGAAUCAGCCAAGGCCGCCAGAACCUCGAGGGCAUUGUUCCCAUCAGGCUCCUCAGGGAUCUGAACCAGCCCUUCGUCUUUGAUAUCCGCUCUCGCAGGGGACAGUUCCGUUUCGAGUUCUACGACACCUCUAGCCCCGAGAGCUGGAGGCUCAUCCAGCCAGACCUCGUCGUCGUCUGCUUCGAUAUAAGCCAAAGACUCAGUCUUAUCAACCUGCAGCGCGUGUGGAUAAAAGAGGUUCGGACCACGUUCCGAUCCAACGAUACAACUCCUCUUCUCGUCCUCGGCCUCAAGAGAGACCUAAGGUCCGAGGACGACCCCAAUGGCAUCAUCUAUCCGCAGGAGGCCUACCAGGUCGCCCAGGAGAUGAGAGCAGACAAGUACAUGGAAUGCUCGGCCGUGACGGGCGAGCUGCUAGUCGAGGUCUUUGAUGAUAUCUGCGCCAAUGCCAUCCGAAGCACCACUGAGGGGGGUGGGCAGAGCGAGGAUGGAUGCACCGCCAUGUAG